GCGCGCGGGAAGGGAACUCCGCGCGGCGGCGGCGGUCUCCGGGACCGGUUGAUGCCGUCCCCCGGUCCCAGUCGGGUCUCAGGUUAGGCUCGGGUUAGUGCAUAGUGCUUCACACCAUGAAAUGUGUGGUCUCCGGCGGCAACGUGAAGGUGCUCGGCAAGGCUGUCCACUCGCUGUCCCGAAUCGGGGACGAGCUCUACCUGGAACCGUUAGAGGAUGGGCUCUCCCUCCGUACUGUGAACUCUUCUCGUUCUGCCUACGCCUGCUUCCUGUUUGCCCCACUGUUCUUCCAGCAGUACCAGGAGUGCCCCCCUGGUCAGGAGCUCUUGCGCUGUAAGAUCCUGAUGAAGUCCUUCCUGUCUGUCUUCCGCUCUCUGGCCUUGGUGGAGAAGACUGUGGAAAAGUGCUGCAUCUUCCUGAAUGAGAAAAGAAGCCGCCUUGUGGUUCAGCUCCACUGCAAAUAUGGGGUUAGGAAGACACACAACCUGUCCUUCCAGGACUGUGAAUCCCUACAGGCAGUCUUCAACCCAGCCACGUGCCCCUAUGUGCUUCGCGCCCCAGCACGAGUUCUGGGGGAAUCUGUUCUGCCCUUCCCUCCUGCACUGACGGAAGUGACACUGGGCAUCGGCAGUGGCCGACGCGUCAUCCUGCGCAGCUACCAGGAGGAGGAGGCAGAAAGCACCAGCAAAGCCAUGGUGACUGAGAUGAGCAUUGGGGAAGAAGACUUCCAGCAGUUGCAGGCCCCAGAAGGGGUGGCCAUCACCUUCUGUCUCAAGGAAUUUCGGGGGCUCCUGAACUUUGCAGAGUCAGCAAACUUGCCUCUCAGCAUGCACUUUGAUGUUCCAGGCAGGCCAGCUAUCUUCACCAUCGAAGACUCCCUGCUGGAUGGACACUUUGUCUUGGCCACACUUUUAGAGACAGACCCACACUCCCAAGACCUGAGCACCCCAGAGCUCCGCCAGCCAGUGCAGCGGCAGGCUCACAGCACACCUCACCUGGAUGACUUUGCCAAUGAUGACAUUGACUCUUACAUGAUUGCCAUGGAAACCACCGUGGGCAGUGAGGGCUCACGGGUACAGCCCUCCAUUUCCCUUCCAUCUGGCCCUAAGCCCUCUUUUGAUCUCAGCCCCCAUUCGGAAGAAGAGACUGAGCCCAAUACAGUGCCUGGGACGCCCCCACCCAAGAAGUUCCGCUCACUGUUCUUUGGCUCAAUCUUAGCCCCUGUACACUCCCCCCAAGGCCCCAACCCUGUGCUGGCUGAAGACAGCGAUGGCGAAGGCUGAGCUGAGAAAUCCAAAGGCUGUGUCGGAGACCAUGGACCAGAAGCGGCUACAGCCAGUGUCAGGGCGGGGUCUCCCUCCCGAAGGUGGAGGGGCUGUGCUGGGGCUGCUGCCUCUUUCAGGCCCCACCUGACUGGCUGCUCCAGUGCUGCCCAGCUGACCAAGUCUGGCCUGAGUCCUGUCAUCUCCCCCAGCCUACAAUCAAUCAUGUCUCUUCCCUGGUCUGAUGUGUAACUACCACCUGACAGGUUCCUCACCCCUUUUAUCUCAGAUCCUCAGGCCAGGCUUCAGCUAUCUGGCCAGUGCUGGAAGCCUGCCGCCCUAAGGUUCACCUCCCAGGGGAAGUUAAAAAAAAAAAAAAAAUCACAGUGCUGAUCAUCUCUGGCUAUCAUGGAUUCCUCCCCUGCACUCCA